AUGGAGCCCGAAGAUUGUGGAGGGGGUCGCGCAAGGGGGCGAUCUCGAGGUCGUCGGAAGUUGCUGGCCGGCUCCCUGGGCGACCACGAGUCGCAGCGGAGGCCUGGCGGCCUCGCCCAGCAAAUGCGGCAGCUGUCGUUGGAGCCUUCGGGACCAUUCGAGUCGGGCGACUCAAGCCCCGAGACCGACGUCACCGGGUGCGGCCGAGGCGCUCGCCGGAAGCCUCGCAACGAGGUGUCGAUGCUGGCGACCCGACCGAUCCACGUAACCGACAAGACCGGCACCACGGGCCGUCCAAUCAGGUUGGUGGCCAACUACUUCCGGCUGCUGUCGUUGCCUCAGUGCUGCGUGCACCAGUACCACGUAGACUUUGUCCCGAGCGUCGAGUCGAGCAGAAUGCGGCGUGCCUUAGUAGGCGACCACCGCGAACAGUUCGGCCGUUGCUACGUGUUCGAUGGGAUGUCUGACCUGAAGACGCCGAGCCGGCUAGAGCAGGAGGUGACGGAGCUGUGGUCACGGAGGCGUAGCGACGGAGAACAGGUAUGCAUUCGCGUUAAAAGGGUCCAGGAGCUGGCGCCAAACAACCCGGACCUGCUGCGACUCUUCAACACGCAGAUGCGCCGAAACCUGGAGCACCUAGACUUUGUGCAAAUCAAUCGGCACUACUUUGACAAGCGGGCUGUGUCUGCCAUUCCCCAGCAUGGACUCGAACUUUGGCAGGGCCUUGUGACGGCCAUUGGGCAGCAUGAGACCGGAGUUAUGAUGGUAACAGACACGGUCCACAAGGUGCUGCGCCGUGACACUGUCCUCGACUUGCUCAUACAGAUCUCGGCGACAGCGCCCACGGGCUACCGCGAGGAAGCCAUCCGCCGCGUGGCCGGGGCUAUCGUCAUGACGCCGUACAACAACAAGACGUACCGCGUGGACGACAUCGACUGGGACCAGAACCCACAAUGCAGCUUCGACACCAAGGAGGGACCCAAGACGUACGUGCAGUACUACCGCGCCCAGUACGAGAAGCGCAUUCGAGACCCGAACCAGCCGCUGCUCGUGUGCCGACCGCGCGAGAAAGACUUGCGGGUCGGACGUACGCACAACAUCUACCUGGUGCCUGAGCUCUGCGUGCUCACGGGACUCACGGACGAAAUGCGCGCCAACGUGGCCGUCAUGCGGGACUUGGCCCAGCACACCCGCGUCGAGCCGCCACGUCGCGUCCGCAACUUGCUCGACUUCAUCGGGCGCGUCAACGGCGACUCCAGCGUGAGCCACGAGAUGCACCAGUGGGGGCUGCAGUUCGACGGCCAGCUGGUGAGCAUCGACGCCCGCGUCAUGCCGCCCGAGUGGGUCAUCCAGGGCACCCAGAACUACCGGUACGGCGCCAACACGGCCGACUUCUCGCGCGAGAUGCGCGACAAGCGAAUGCACGUGGCCAUCACGCUCGACUCCUGGAUUGUCAUCUGCCCUAAGAGGGACGAGCAGAAUUGCGCAGAGUUUGUGCGCAGCCUAAUGAGUGUCUGCCCUCCCAUGGGUCUGCGGGUCACCGAGCCGCGUCUGCUCGAGCUGGAAGACGACCGGGCCGGCAGCUACGUCCGCGCGCUUCAGCAGCUCAGCGGCCUGCAGCUGGCUCUUGUGAUCCUGCCCAACAACCGGAAAGACCGCUAUGACAUGAUCAAGAAGCACGCCUGCGUCGACCUGGGCCUGCAGACGCAGGUGCUGCUCAGCCGGACCAUCGGGAACCGAAAGAACGUGCGCUCGGUGGCCACCAAGGUGGCGAUCCAGCUCAACUGUAAGCUGGGCGGACAGGCCUGGUGCCUUGAGAUCCCGCUGGCGUCCACCAUGGUCAUCGGCUACGACACGUACCACGACUCAAGUCAGCGCGGCCGCUCGGCGGGGGCCUUUGUGGCCAGCCUGAACAGGACCUUCACGCGCUGGUUCUCCCGGGCGUCCUUCCACGCCAGCCACCAGGAGCUGGGCAACUCGCUGGCCAUUCAUCUCCAGGACGCUCUCAGGCAGUACGGCUGCGAGAACGGCGGCGCCGUGCCCGAGCGCAUCCUCUUCUUCCGCGACGGUGUCUCGGACGGCCAGAUUCCCCAGGUCCGCGAGUGGGAGAUCAACCAGAUCGUGGCGUCGCUGGACGCGCUCUUCCCGGGCAAGGAUCACAAGCUGGCGUUCGUGGUGGUCACCAAGCGCAUCUCGACGCGCCUGUUUGCCGUGACCAGCUCGGGCGGCUACGCCAACCCCCCGCCGGGCACCGUGGUCGACUCGGAGGUGACACGGCCCGAGCGCUACGACUUCUUCCUGGUGUCGCAAAGCGUGCGCCAGGGAACCGUGGCGCCCACGCACUACAACGUCAUCUACGACACCACGGGCCUGAAGCCCGACCACAUGCAGCGGCUCUCGUACAAGCUGACGCACCUGUACUUCAACUGGCCGGGCACCAUUCGGGUGCCCGCGCCCUGCCAGUACGCACACAAGCUGGCCUUCCUCGCAGGCCAGUCGUUGCACACGGAGCACCACGUCCAGCUAGCCAACACCCUCUUCUACCUGUGAAAUAAAAGCCCUUUGUCUCA